AUGUAUCGCGCUGUACUUCUGGCGUUUCUUUGUACUGCAGUGAGCAGCCACUGGUGUGCCGGGGACAAGCCAUGUCCAUGGAAGCAUCGUCAUCACCACUUCCAUCACGAUCACGGCCAUUGGAGACAUUUUGGAAACCACUUUGAACACUUGGCUAACCAAGUGAUAGACAGCGAAGAAGGGUAUAACAAUCACUGCAAUGCUGUUUCCAACAACGUUCAAGAAAUGUACACUAAUGAUGCGUAUGUAUUAAUAUAUUCGCCUGGUUUUGUAUCAACAGAAAUCACUUUGCAAGUCAAGCAUAGAAUGAUAAACGCAAUAAUAAAUGGCAAUGGUGAAGAAUUCAAUGAUAUUAGAAUACUGCCGGAUAUUCUAAAUGCCGCACAAGCUGGCUGGUGUUACGAUGGUCAAAAUGUGAAAGUGGUGAUUCCUUACAGAAUAAAUUUCAAUGUUGUCACACCAGCUACUUGCAUAAAUAUUAAUAAAGAGACGAUAACGAUACAAAAAAAUCCUAAUUUGGAAGAUAUGGAUGUGUACAGACAAAACAAUGGAGGACGUUUAGGUGGUAAUUUUAACCCGAGCAUUCAAAAUGUAAAUAAUAAUUGA